AUGUCUCCUAACUCAUUAGAAGUUGGGAAAUCUGGUUCUCCGUAUGAAUCAAAAGAAGUUAAAGAUGGUACAACAGAAAUUAGAUCAUCUGAACAAGAUAAUGAAGUAGAAUAUUUCGAAAUGAUUAAUUCAAAUAAUAGUAAUGAACCAAAAAAUAAUCAUUAUGCAAAAUCGUAUCCAAGAACAAGAUUUAAAAAUUUUGUUGAUUCAUUUCGUCGUGCUGAAGAACCACAAUUAGAACAAGAAUUAGAAGAUAUUGACGUUGCCGUAUCAAGAAACACUAUUGCUAAUUUAAAUAAAGAAUUAUCUAAUACAGAAUUAGGUAUUGACGGUUUAGGUCCAAAUGGUGAAAAUCCAACAAAUAAAAAUGGUAAUUAUCAUGAUGAUGUUGAAGAUAAAUUGAAAAAAACAAUUAAACCACGUCAUGUUAUUAUGAUUUCUUUAGGUACAGGUAUUGGUACUGGUUUAUUAGUUGGUAAUGGUACAAGUUUAGCUAAUGGUGGUCCAGCUGCUUUAGUUAUUGGUUACAUUAUUAUGGGUUCUUGUAUUUAUUGUAUUAUUCAAGCUGUUGGUGAAAUGGCCGUCGCUUAUCUUUCUUUAAUUGGUGGAUUCAACGCUUAUCCUGCAUUCUUAGUUGAUCCUGCUCUAGGGUUUUCUGUCGCUUGGGUUUAUUGUUUACAAUGGUUAUGUGUUUGUCCAUUAGAAUUAGUUACUGCUUCAAUGACAAUUAAAUACUGGACAACAAAAGUGGAUCCCGAUGUCUUUGUAGUGAUCUUUUAUGUUCUUAUUAUUGCAAUUAAUGUCCUUGGUGGUGCAGCAGGUUAUGCAGAAGCUGAAUUUUUUUUCAAUUCAUGUAAAAUUUUAAUGAUGACUGGGUUUUUCAUCUUAGGUAUUAUUAUUAUUUGUGGUGGUGCAGGUAAUGAUGGUUAUAUUGGUAGUAAAUAUUGGCAUACUCCCGGUGCCUUUAGAGGUGAUAAGCCAAUUGACCAUUUUAAAGGUGUCGUAGGUACUUUAGUUACUGCAGCUUUUUCAUUUGGUCAAUCUGAAUUUAUUGCCAUUACCGCAUCCGAACAAUCUAAUCCAAGAAAAGCUAUCCCAUCUGCCGCUAAAAAAAUUAUUUAUAGAGCUUUAUGUGUUUAUUUAGCCUCUAUUAUUCUAAUUGGAUUUUUGGUACCAUUUGAUUCUGAUCAAUUAUUAGGUUCUUCAGGUGGUGGUGUUAAAGCAUCCCCUUAUGUUUUAGCUGUCUCUACUCAUGGUGUUCGUGUUGUUCCACAUUUCAUUAAUGCAGUUAUUUUAUUAUCCGUCUUAUCUGUCGCUAACUCUGCAUUCUAUUCAUCAUCUCGUAUGUUGUUAACUUUAGCACAUCAAGGUUGGGCUCCAAAAAUCUUUGAAUAUGUUGAUAGAGCAGGUAGACCAACUAUGGGUAUUGCAGCAGCAAUGUUAUUUGGUAUUAUUGCCUUCUGUGCCACAUCUCCAAAGGAAGAUGAAGUCUUUGUUUGGUUAUUAGCUAUUUCUGGUUUAUCUCAAGUGUUUACAUGGUUUACUAUUUGUUUAAGUCAUAUUAGAUUUAGAAGAGCUAUGUCUGUUCAAGGUAGAUCUACUGCUGAAUUAGGGUUCAAAUCUCAAGUUGGUAUUUGGGGUUCUUUAUAUGCUGGUGGUUUCAUGUUAUUGAUUUUAAUCGGUCAAUUCUGGGUAGCUAUUGCUCCAAUUGGUGAAGGUAAACUUGAUGCCAAAGCAUUCUUUGAAAGUUAUCUUGCCAUGCCUAUCUUGAUUGCGUUAUACUUCGGUUACAAGAUUUGGAAGAAAGAUUGGAGUUUAUUUAUUAGAGCUGAAAAGAUUGAUUUGAAUAAGGGUAGAACUUUAUAUGAUGAAGAAUUACUAAGACAAGAAAGAGAAGAAUAUGAGGAACAAUUAAGAACUGGUCCAAAAUGGAGAAGAGUUUAUGAUUUCUGGUGUUAA